UGUUUAGUUGUCUUAUAACAUUGACGUAUGUUUACUUUUGAUGUGAUGAUUCAACUUAGGCCCCAACAUAAUCAAGUUAUACAAGGUUAUGGAGCUUUUAACCCACAAGGGAACAACUCCGUACCCUAUGGAGCUGCACAAAUAAGAGCCCAACCCCAAGACACCCUACAGUUGCUGAAUCAGCCACAACAAAUGAACCAAGUCCCUGAAAAUCCUUUUCAAGUAGGGGAGGAUUCCGGGGCCCAGCCUGGACAACAGGAACAAAUUAACAAAGGGAAGGCGGCCCUUGCACGGAAGGCACAAAAUUCUAAUUCUAAUCCUCUCAUGCAGUCUAGGCCUCGUGGAGUGGCUAAGUCACGACCUUCUAUCCCUAUCCCUAUAAGGCCGAGGCCGUCUGUGCUACCUAACAUAGCUGAUCCUCCGCAUCACAGCUCUGCACCUUCCAAAACUCAGAUAUCUUUUAGGUUUCCUCCCAUCCAACUUGAAGAGAUAAUGAAUCAAUCUAAUGUUACAAAUGAUGGCAGUUUUAAGAGGAGCAGUCAACUGCAAAACUCCCCAACUGAGCAAAGGACUUCAGCAGCUUCUAGUCGUAGGGAAGUCAACAGGAGUACUUUUGAACCGCAAGAAAAAGAAUUAACUCUAGUCACCAGUUAUUCAGUUCCUCCUAAUCCAAGGCAAAUUAAAAAUAGUCUUUAUGAUCCAGCAUUUGAGGCGAUGGGAUUGCCUAUUGACCCGCAUCUUCGAAUGUUGCUAGCACCCCAGCCGAAUCCUCAUGCAAAGAAAUAGUUGGCUUGGUCACCUUUAACUUGUCCGGCAAGAUGUGGUCCUGCCGUGAUUUAUUGUUCAAUAAUAAAAUGCCAGUUUUAUUCUGACAUUAUAGUCCUUGACAAUUGUUUAAGGUCUUUCCUUGAUGGAUUUCUUAAAGGUUCCUAAGAAUUUUAUUUAAAAUUUUUACCAAAAAAUAUUUCUAUCUAGUUGCAGUUUUCGUGUAUGCAGAUGCUUUAAAUCUAUAUACAAUCAUAAUUUAUUUUUUAUGGCUGAGGAAAAAAUUGCAUAAGAACACAUCAUCCCCUUAGUUUCAAGGAAAAGGAUGUGCAAUAGGUCAAAUGCCAAUAAGUACUGAAAAUUCGUAGAACAUCCGUUACGAAAUAGGAACACCAAAAUGCUAUUGUUUCUUAGCUUAAUAUUUGAUUGAUUGGAUGGGUAGUGGCCAGGAAGAACAUAAUUGGUGGAGAUAGAAUGGACAUGAAACCACAGAUCUGUUUGAAAGGAAAGAAUACUAGGUGUAAAUCUGUUAUACAAACAACCGUCCAUAUAAGCUUAAAGCAUCAAGCUUGUCUAGGGAGGUUUGAAUUACCAUUUGUGGAAACAAAGAAAAAAUAGAUGGCCUGUAAGUGAUGCAAAAAUAGAAGAGCGGAUAUUUUCUUCUAUACAGGAGGCAGUUAGGGCUCUGUAGUCUGGUAGAUGGUCAGGGACACUCAUACUAGAGCUUCAUACUUGUGUAUUCCUGAUUCUAUGUUCGGUGUUCAAACAGAGUUUGUUUCCGGUUUUCCCGGGUGCUUUGCUGCAGAGAUGUAAAAAUUUGGUUUGUGUACUAUGUUUUGACUGGCUUUGAACCCCUUAGCCUACCGCUGUACUUCUGUACUAAGAGUCCUCGAACAAGAUUUUAAUUUCUGGUAUGUCCAGUCCUUUUGAGAGUUAAAAUCUAGGUGAUGCAGGACAGUAGCGUUAAGCUGCUGUGCAGCACGAAAUUGGUACCAGGGCAGGUUCACCGCUUCGCUCUGCACCAUGGCUGGCCGGGGACGAGGUUGUGGCCGUGGAAACCAAACCUAUCAAGCAGAGAUGGAUGAGAUGAGGUGUAUGAUUGAAGAUCUGUCAAGAGUACUGCAAGCUCUUCAACGACAGGAACAUGCAGAGGCCCGUAUGGAGAUUCCGGUAUGCGGACUCAGACCCUUCAACCUACUGGAAGGUAGCCAGAAGGAUGAAGAAGAGAACGUGGAAGACGAAAACCCCUUUCAUGAUGCUGGACCCCAUAAUGGGUGUGAGGCAGAUUCGAAGAUUGAUUGGUUCGUGCUUUGGAAAACGGUCCAGGAUUAAGUUGCUGUUGUUUUUGGCAAGAUGCAUGCAGAAGAUAGAAAAGUGUUGGUUGUAGAGCUCAAAUUGCAGAGUGCUGCACGUCAAUGGUGGAAGAGAGUUGAAGAACUGCGUGCUCAACAAGGGAACCCCAAAAUCAACAUAUGGGAAGACAGACUGGUACACCAAAUGUCAUAAUACAAGUGGUUGAAAUUUUUUUUUCAAAUAUCCAAACAGUUGUAUUAUGACACUUGGUUUACCGAGUCAUGUCCCUGGCACACUGAAAAAUAUCUAAGAAAAGAGGGUAUUGCGCCAUGGCAACAAGAGAGCUGUUUCUAAGCCCCUAGACACAGGUUGGCAAGGUGAGCCAGUGGCUGCUCGAGGCAUUCAAAGUGAUCAAGGAGACAUUCCAAGUACUCGAACAGGUGGUAGGAACUCUGUGGGUGCUGAAUCCAAAUGCAAAAGGGAAAGGAUUGGUCUACAAAGCUAAGUCAAGACUUCCAAGGUUGGAAACAUGUCAAAAGAUCAGUGUUAUGCGAUGGGGCAUAGAUCUUACGCUUGUCCACAAAGAAGAGUGAACUUGGCAUCCGUGAUAUUAUUUCAACUAGGUUCUGAUUACUCACUAUACUUUCAUUUCCAAAAGCCCAAUGACAAAAAUCCAAAUGAGAUAAUAAUACAUUCUAAAAGUUAUCCACCAAUUUAACACAUUCAACAAAAAAGAAAACAGAAUCUCUCUCUUGAAAAAAACUAA